AUGGCACUUAAAAGAGCUAUGCUUAUACUAACUGAGGGGGCGGAAGAAAUGGAAACUGUUAUUGCGGUUGAUGUCUUAAGACGAGCUGGUAUCCAGGUUGUUAUUGCUGGUCUCUGGAAUAAUGAUUCAGUAAAAUGCUCGAGACAAGUCAUCAUUACGCCUGACACAGCACUAAGCGAAUUGAGGGAAGAAAAAUUUGAUGUCAUUAUUCUACCUGGAGGUUUACAUGGCGCCAAUACUCUAUCAUCGUCACAUGAAGUAGGUGAUGUUCUUCGAGCUCAGAUCAACAGCGGUCGUUUGAUUGCUGCAAUAUGUGCUGCCCCUAUCGCUCUAAAAAGUCAUGGAAUUGCUGUUGGAAGUUUGGUUACGUCUCAUCCAAGUGUCAAACAAGCACUCAUUGAAGGAGGUUACAAAUAUUCGGAAGAUCGCGUAGUUGUGACUGAUCGUAUAAUUACAAGUCGUGGUCCAGGAACUGCAUUGGAUUUUGCAAUAAAAUUGACUGAAAUACUCGUUGGGAAGGAAAAAGUCAAGGAAAUUGCUGCUUCAAUGCUAGUGGACGAUCAUUUGGUGAAGUGA